GCUCCGCCUCGUCUCCCACUCCUCGCAGUCAAUCGUCCUCCCUCACACGCGCCCACCGCACUGCUUUACUUCACAGUGACAGACACCGGAGACGGACAGGCAUCAGACAGGAACAAAGGAAACGAACUCAUGCUGGCCUAGCUGACUUAACCCCUUCCCGUUCCUGCUUGCUACAACAUCACACGUCCAUCGGAAUCAGAAAAAAAGAACCCCAGAACCAGAAACCCUAACCAAGCAAAAAUCAAAACGAGCCGCCUCCGACCCCCCCGACGCAAUAUUAGAGUAGAACUCGCGUCUUCCUCGCCAUCCCCACAACACGACACGACACGACACGGCUCCCGCCACAAACUUGCUUCCCUAGCUGAAGCUUCAUCGCCACUCCUACUCAGCUACACGACACCCUCCCCCUACAACCUUCCAUAACCGACAAACACAUCCUCACACACAGCUCAACCAUGGACGGCUACCAGAGGAUUGAGAAGAUCGGUGAAGGCACGUACGGAGUUGUGUACAAAGCCAAGGACCUGAACAACCACAAUAGAAUAGUGGCGAUGAAGAAGAUCCGUCUGGAAGCGGAAGACGAGGGAGUCCCCUCCACCGCGAUCCGCGAGAUCUCGCUACUCAAGGAGAUGAACGACCCCAACAUCGUCAAACUACUCAACAUCAUCGCCGAGGGCCACAAGGUCUACCUGGUCUUCGAGUUCUUGGAUCUGGAUCUCAAGAAGUACAUGGAGGCCAUACCGGCGGGGAUGGGACUCGGCGAGGACAUGGUCAAGCGCUUCAUGAACCAGCUGGUCAGCGGUGUCAAGUACUGCCAUUCGCAUCGCAUCCUGCACAGAGAUCUCAAGCCCCAGAAUCUGCUCAUCGACAAGGAGGGGAAUCUGAAGUUGGCGGAUUUCGGUCUGGCGAGGGCGUUUGGUGUGCCGUUGAGGACCUACACUCACGAGGUCGUGACCUUGUGGUACCGUUCCCCCGAGAUCCUGCUGGGCGGAAAGCAGUACAGCACCGGUGUCGACAUGUGGAGUGUCGGCUGCAUCUUUGCCGAGAUGUGCACGCGCAAGGCCCUGUUCCCCGGCGACUCGGAGAUUGACGAGAUCUUCAAGAUCUUCCGACUACUCGGCACCCCCGACGAGACGACGUGGCCCGGCGUGACCUCCUUCCCCGACUACAAGAGCAGCUUUCCACGGUGGGACCGAGUAGACAUCGAGCGGAUGGUACCGAACCUUGAGCCCGCGGGUCUUGACCUUCUCGACGCCAUGCUCGUCUACGACCCUGCCGGCCGCAUAUCCGCCAAGCAAGCCCUCCUCCACGACUACUUCAUGACCGACGAAGGCGAGAUGAUGACGAUCGAGGCCAAGCCAUCGACUAAGCACCGAUAGAAAAUCCCACCUUGACGAUGAUGUGGGGGAUGUGAAGAAAAGUUGCGUGCUCUAAUACUUGGCGGCU